CUCCCUCCCGGGCCCGGCGCCGCCCAGCCCAGUCCCGGCGCUGCUCAGCCCCGGCCCGGCCCGCCCGGCCCCGCGCCGCAGUCUCCCUCCCUCCCGCUCCGUCCCCGCUCGGGCUCCAACCAUCCCCGCCCGCGAGGAGAGCACUCGGCCCGGCGGCGCGAGCAGAGCCACUCCAGGGAGGGGGGGAGACCGCGAGCGGCCGGCUCAGCCCCCACCACCCGGGGCGGGACCCCGAGGCCCCGGAGGGACCCCGACUCCAGCCACGUCUUGCUGCGCGCCCGCCCGCCGCGGCCACUGCCAGCACGCUCCGGGCCCGCCGCCCGCGCGCGGCACAGACGCGGAGCCACACUUGGCGCCGCCGCCGGGUGCCCCGCACGCUCGCAUGGGCCCGCGCUGAGGGCCCCGACGGAGAGUCCCGCGCGGAGAAUCGACGUCCACCCGCCCAGGGAGAGUCAGACCUGGGGGGGCGAGGGCCCCCCAAACUCAGUUCGGAUUCUACCCGAGUGAGGCGGCGCCAUGGAGCUCCGGGCGCUGCUCUGCUGGGCUUCUUUGGCCGCCGCUUUGGAAGAGACCCUGCUGAACACAAAAUUGGAAACUGCGGAUCUGAAGUGGGUGACGUUCCCUCAGGUGGACGGGCAGUGGGAGGAACUCAGCGGCCUGGAUGAGGAACAGCACAGUGUGCGCACCUACGAGGUGUGUGACGUGCAGCGUGCCCCGGGCCAGGCCCACUGGCUUCGCACAGGCUGGGUCCCACGGCGUGGCGCCGUCCAUGUUUACGCCACGCUGCGCUUCACCAUGCUUGAGUGCCUGUCCCUGCCUCGGGCCGGGCGCUCCUGCAAGGAGACUUUCACCGUCUUCUACUAUGAGAGCGAUGCGGACACGGCCACAGCCCUCACACCAGCCUGGAUGGAGAACCCCUACAUCAAGGUGGACACAGUGGCCGCGGAGCAUCUCACCCGGAAGCGCCCUGGGGCCGAGGCCACCGGGAAGGUGAAUGUCAAGACGCUGCGUCUGGGACCACUCAGCAAGGCCGGCUUCUACCUGGCCUUCCAGGACCAGGGUGCCUGCAUGGCCCUGCUGUCCCUGCACCUCUUCUACAAGAAGUGCGCCCAGCUGACUGUGAACCUGACCCGCUUCCCGGAGACUGUGCCUCGGGAGCUAGUUGUGCCCGUGGCUGGCAGCUGCGUGGUGGAUGCCGUCCCCGCCCCUGGCCCCAGCCCCAGCCUCUACUGCCGUGAGGACGGCCAGUGGGCUGAGCAGCCGGUGACCGGCUGCAGCUGUGCUCCGGGGUUCGAGGCGGCCGAGGGGAACACCAAGUGCCGAGCCUGUGCCCAGGGCACCUUCAAGCCCCUGUCAGGAGAAGGGUCCUGCCAGCCAUGCCCAGCCAACAGCCACUCUAACAACAUCGGAUCAGCCGUCUGCCAGUGCCGCAUCGGGUACUUCCGGGCACGCACAGACCCGCGGGGUGCACCCUGCACCACCCCUCCCUCGGCUCCACGGAGCGUGGUUUCCCGCCUGAACGGCUCCUCCCUGCACCUGGAAUGGAGUGCCCCCCUGGAGUCCGGUGGCCGAGAGGACCUCACCUACGCCCUCCGCUGCCGGGAGUGCCGACCCGGAGGCUCCUGCGCGCCCUGCGGGGGAGACCUGACCUUUGACCCUGGCCCCCGGGACCUGGUGGAGCCCUGGGUGGUGGUUCGAGGGCUGCGUCCUGACUUCACCUAUACCUUUGAGGUCACUGCAUUGAACGGAGUGUCCUCCUUAGCCACGGGGCCCGUCCCAUUUGAGCCUGUCAAUGUCACCACCGACCGAGAGGUACCUCCCGCAGUGUCUGACAUCCGGGUGACGUGGUCCUCACCCAGCAGCUUGAGCCUGGCCUGGGCUGUUCCCCGGGCACCCAGUGGGGCUGUGCUGGACUACGAGGUCAAGUACCAUGAGAAGGGUGCCGAGGGUCCCAGCAGCGUGCGGUUCCUGAAGACGUCAGAAAACCGGGCAGAGCUGCGGGGGCUGAAGCGGGGAGCCAGCUACCUGGUGCAGGUACGGGCGCGCUCUGAGGCCGGCUACGGACCCUUUGGCCAGGAACAUCACAGCCAGACCCAACUGGAUGAGAACGAGGGCUGGCGGGAGCAGCUGGCCCUGAUUGCGGGCACGGCAGUCGUGGGUGUGGUCCUGGUCCUGGUGGUCAUUGUGGUCGCCGUUCUCUGCCUCAGGAAGCAGAGCAACGGGAGAGAAGCAGAAUAUUCGGACAAACACGGACAGUAUCUCAUUGGGCAUGGUACUAAGGUCUACAUCGACCCCUUCACUUACGAAGACCCUAAUGAGGCUGUGAGGGAAUUUGCAAAAGAGAUCGAUGUCUCCUAUGUCAAGAUUGAAGAGGUGAUUGGCGCAGGUGAGUUUGGCGAGGUGUGCCGCGGGCGGCUCAAGGCCCCAGGGAAGAAGGAGAGCUGUGUGGCAAUUAAAACCCUGAAGGGUGGCUACACGGAGCGGCAGCGGCGCGAGUUCCUGAGCGAGGCCUCCAUCAUGGGCCAGUUCGAGCACCCGAAUAUCAUCCGCCUGGAGGGCGUGGUCACCAACAGCAUGCCUGUCAUGAUUCUCACGGAGUUCAUGGAGAACGGCGCCCUGGACUCCUUCCUGCGGCUGAACGACGGACAGUUCACGGUCAUCCAGCUCGUGGGCAUGCUGCGGGGCAUCGCCUCGGGCAUGCGGUACCUUGCCGAGAUGAGCUACGUCCACCGAGACCUGGCUGCUCGCAACAUCCUAGUCAAUAGCAACCUGGUCUGCAAAGUGUCUGAUUUUGGCCUUUCCCGAUUCCUGGAGGAGAACUCUUCCGAUCCCACCUACACGAGCUCCCUGGGAGGAAAGAUUCCCAUCCGAUGGACUGCCCCGGAGGCCAUUGCAUUCCGGAAGUUCACUUCUGCCAGUGAUGCCUGGAGUUACGGGAUUGUGAUGUGGGAGGUGAUGUCAUUUGGGGAGCGGCCAUACUGGGACAUGAGCAAUCAGGAUGUGAUCAAUGCCAUUGAACAGGACUACCGGCUGCCCCCGCCCCCAGACUGUCCCACGUCCCUCCACCAGCUCAUGCUGGACUGUUGGCAGAAAGACCGGAAUGCCCGGCCCCGCUUCCCUCAGGUGGUUAGCGCCCUGGACAAGAUGAUCCGGAACCCUGCCAGCCUCAAAAUCGUGGCCCGGGAGAAUGGCGGGGCCUCACACCCUCUCCUGGACCAGCGGCAGCCUCACUACUCAGCUUUUGGCUCUGUGGGCGAGUGGCUUCGGGCCAUCAAGAUGGGAAGAUACGAAGAAAGUUUUGCAGCCGCUGGCUUUGGCUCCUUUGAGCUGGUCAGCCAGAUCUCUGCCGAGGACCUGCUCCGAAUCGGAGUCACUCUGGCGGGACACCAGAAGAAAAUCUUGGCCAGUGUCCAGCACAUGAAGUCCCAGGCCAAGCCGGGAGCCCCGGGUGGGACUGGAGGACCGACCCCACAGUACUGACCUGCAGGAACUGCCCACCCCAGGGACAGGGCCUCCUCAUCUUUCUGGGGCAGAGUGGGGACUCACAGAGGCCCCCAGCCCUGAGCCCCGCUGGAUUGCACUUUGAACCCGUGGGGUGGGGAGUUGGCAAUUUGGAGAGACAGGAUUUGGGGGUUCUGCCAUAAUAGGAGGGGAAAAUCACCCCCCCAGCCCCCUCGGGGAACUCCAGACCAAGGGUGAGGGUGCCUUUCCCUCGGGACUGGGUGUGACCAGAGGGAAAGGAAGCGCCCAUCAUCUCCCAGCCUCCCCAGGUGACCCCCCCUCACCUUGACGGGUGCCUUCCCGCAGACCAAAGAGUGUGACUCCCUUGCCAGCUCCAGAGAGGGGGACUGUCCCAGGGGGCAAGAAGGGGUGUCAGGGCCCAGUGACAAAACCAUUGGGGUUUGUAGUCCCAACUUGCUGCUGUCACCACCAAACUCAAUCAUUUUUUCCCUUGUAAAUGCCUCUCCCCCAGCUGCUGCCUUCAUAUUGAAGGUUUUUGAGUUUUGUUUUUGGUCUUAAUUUUUCUCCCCGUUCCCUUCUUGUUUUUUCGUUUCGUUUUUCUACCGUCCUUGUCACAACUCUGUGUUGGAGGGAACCUGUUUUUCACUACGGCCUCCUUUGCCCAAGUUGAAACAGGGAUCCAUCAUUGUGUCUGUUUCCAGAACAGUGCCUUGGUCAUGCCACCUCCCCGGAUCCCGCCUGGGACCCCCAAGCUGUGUCCCAUGAAGGGGUGCAGGGUGAGGUAGUAAAAGGGGCGGUAGGUGGUGGUGGAACCCAGAAACGGAUGCCGGUGCUUGGAGGGGUUCUUAAAUUAUAUUUAAAAAAGUAACUUUUUGUAUGAAUAAAAGAAAAUGGGACGUGUCCCAGCUCCGGGGGU